CAAGGUUCGGCCAUCCAAACAAACAGUCACCCGUAACACGACUGAUUGAAGUUGAUAGAGGCGACCAAGUCUAGGAGAAAGAACACCUUCCUCGUUCGAUUAGCAAGAGAGGCAAACUUGAAACUCGCUGCCCAACAUCUCUUGUGCCCCGGUCGCGGUUUAACUUUUUUCCUUGCCAGAAAAAAAAAAACCAAAACAACCCAAGAAUCGCGUCCUUCUUUCGACGUGUCACCCAACCACCUUCAACGCGCCUCAACUGCUUUCAAGUCCACCAAACUAACUUGAACGCGACUGGCUGAGAGAAAAGAAAAUCACGUACUUACCGUUUUUGUCGUUGCCACCUCGUCCCUCAACAUUAUCUGACAAUUCGCGACCCCUCAGCAAACUUACCUUCACUACCACGAGCACCAGCAAUCAUUCGCCAUGACACGCCCGAGUCGUGCAGAGGCGGAUAGAAUCCAUCACCAAGGAUUUGUCUAUUUCCCAUUCAUGCCGCCUUCAGAGCAGUAUCCUGCGCUCGCCGUCACGAGAAAGUUUAGUCGGAAGCCGAGGAUCGACCCAGAGGAUGUGGAUCUAACCCAGCGCGAAAUGGCUGGUUUUAUUUCCGUCUACCCUCGCCUCUACCAGGUCCCGAAAACCAUGCAGGAGCGGAUAGGGAGAUGGUACCUGGCCAACCGCAAGCUGGCGGAUUCUUGGCCUUUGGACGGCUUUUGGAACGCGGCCGAGGACGAUGCUCAUGACCAUAUCGUUGUCAGGGAGCCGGGAGUACCGCCUGAAGUGAAGCAGAUGGCCGGAAUUGAGGACUCGAACGACAAGCCCGCCCCUGUUCCUAAGGAGAGGAAACCGAGACCCCCGAGGUCGCAGAAAGAAAAGCCGAUACAGUCUCAACCUUCAACCAGCAACACCAGCAAGGCCACACCUUUCCCGCCAAGCGUAGUGGCAAGGUGUCAAGAGCUGGAGCAGUGGUCCCAACAAGAGUAUUUCGCCGCCGAGCUCAAGGCCGCGGAACGGUCCUUCAGUUACAUCCGCGGCUGGGUAGAGGAUGCACAGAGUGGCGGCCGCUCACCUUCAAUGGUACAGCUGGAUGAAUUGUUGAACUUUACAUCGAGCGCUUUGACGCGUGCAUCAGAGGCCGUCAAAAUAUCCUCAGCGGUGGUGGAGGACCUCGGAUCGACUCCUGCACCUCUUGUCCAUCCUGCUUUUAUGGCAUGGCAACAGCAACAGCAACAGCAACAGCAACAGGAGCAGCAGCAGACCAUGGGAAAAGACGUUGAGAACAGAAAGCGGCCCUUUGAAGUCGCUGACGCAGGCCUAGAGGGCUUAGAAGAGGACGAAGGCAUUCAGGCGGGACCCUCAGGAGCAGGCAAGAUCAGAAAACUCUCAUCCUACAGGUCCACAGCGGAAGCAAGGUCGAGAGAUUCAACACCACUUCCACUUCGGAAUACUCAAACGGCCCCCAACCUUCCUGGGUCACGGGCUGUAUCUGCAUCUGCACCCAUACAUCCGGCCUUCCUUCAACAAUACGCGCUUCAGGAGCCCCAGUCGGUUCCGAUCAAUCAUACCCAUAGUAGCUUCAUGGUGGCGCCUAUGCAUGGCGCACCUUUCAAUGCAUUGAUGGGGGAUGACAACCAGCACUCGGAAUUGGCCAGUGAAAGUGGCGGAGACAGCGACGGUCAUGAUGACAGCGAUGAUGAGGAUGAGGAGGAGGAGGAGGAGGAGGAGGAGGAGGAGGAGGAGGAGGAGGACGAUGGCGGUGAUAGUGACGAUGAUGGCGGCAACAGCGACGACGAUGCAUCGGACUAAAGAUCCGAUACCCUGACUCUGCCCUCCAGCUCCCAUGUCGUUCAGAAAAAGAAUGACCCAAUCAUCAUCCAGGAGAGCAACAUCAAGGAGAGCAAAGGAAGAUCGACAGAGGCCCCGGAAGAAGAGAAAAUAGGUGCCGGGAAGGCGUUGAUCCGGUCCGCUAUCGACGCCCCUGCCGCCAUUCUGAGUGCGCGCGAAAACACCGAAGAUUGCGGUGAUGAUGUUGGAAGACAGCCGGAUGUCGCUCAUACUACAGAAGUUGCUGCUGUCGAUGGCGUUCGUGGUGGUUAUCUUGCCAAAGUCAAGACAUGGCUUAAAGCUUCGGGUGAAAACUGAUUACCCAUCUUGAUGAGCAUUGCACAUGCGAUGUGAUGGCGUAGAGGACGGGAA